AUGAGUGGAAGAAACGGAAGAGGUGGUGGUAGGAAUCUCGACUUGAAGCUGAAUUUGUCGCCACCAAUAGCUCACCGGCGUACGGAAGAAUCACCUAGCAGAUCAGCCACAAUUUCACCGACAACUUCCUGUGUGUCAUCGGAGAACAUCCAAGAUGAGACGGAGCUCCGGUACUCAAGUAGCCCAGAGGCCACAUCGAUGAUGCUGGUUGGAUGUCCUCGGUGCCUGAUGUACGUUAUGCUUGCUGAGGACUACCCUAAAUGCCCUAAAUGCAAGAGCACCGUGUUGCUCGAUGUCGUCCAUGAUAGCUCCACCAAGAAAACAAGAAAGUCUUGA